AUGCAAUCCAAUAAUAACAAUAAUAAUAAUGAACCUUAUGAUAUAUCAAGUGAUGAUGAAGAUGAAAAUGAAGCUCGUCUUAGUUGUUCAUUACGUUGGCUAAUUAGUAAAGCAUAUCCUCCUCAUAGUACAGUACCUGAUUAUUUACCAAAUGAACAUUUUUUUCAAAAUGACAAUAAUGAACGUUUUUUAUCUCCUGACAUCGCACUUGUUUUAUUAUCAGGUGAUCUAUACAUUCGUGCAUUUCAAUAUAUAACAAAUCAACAAAAUCAAUUAAUAACAUAUGAUGAUUUAAUAAAUUAUUUUUAUUUACAAAAUAUAAUUAUUGAUAUAGAUCUAUUAAAACAAGAUGAUCCAUUAAAUGCUCAUGUACAUUUAGAAUUAAUUGAAAAUCUUAUGAAAAUAUAUUUUCAAUUAAUACUCGAUCAAAAUCUUCUUUAUCAACGUUUUGAAAAUCUUCAAUUAAAAAAUGUUUUAACUUUAUUAAAUAAAGCAACACAAUUAAAUACAGAAUCUCUUUUAAUUAUAUGGAUUAAUGGUAUAUGUGAAUAUAUGGCUAAUCAAUGGUCACAACGUAUUCCACCUGUUAUCGAUUUACGUUCAUCAUUAAUCGAUGGAACAUGUUUACAUGCACUUGUUUCUUAUUAUGAUAAAGAAUAUCAUACAAAAAAUGAUUUAAAUUCUUUACGAAAUUAUUUAAAUCAUCAUCAUGGAAGUAAAAUGACAAAUAUAUUUCCAUUUACAGUAAAAAAUUUAUGUGACAAUCUUAUACCAGAUAUAAAUCUACAUGCAAUGCUUGUUGAUUUAUUUGUUUUAUAUGAAAUUGAAGAACAUUUUGAUAAGAAAGAUUUUUUUAUGAAUUUUAAUGAAAAUGAAGAUGAAGAAAAUAUGUGUACAACUAGAUCGAAUCAAACUUAUUCGAUAAAUGGUGAUGAUAAUGAGGAUGAUAUUAAUGAAUUUUUUAUUUUAAACAAUAAUAAUAAUAAUAAUGAACAAAUAAUUACCGGUGGAAUUUUACAAACUAGUACAAAUCAUGACAGACAAAUGGUUAAUCCAAUAAAAAGUAGUUUAAAAACUUCUGUAUCUGCAUCAACAGCAAUACAUACAUCUCCAAAGAAGACAACAUUUAUGCCAACAACUACAACAUGGCAACGACAAGCAUUAUCAAAUCAAACGACACCCAUGAAUACUACACGUACUCUUCACCAAACAACUCCUGUCGAUGAUCAUAAAUUAUCAAAUGAAUUAUUAGCUGUUAAAAUGCAAUUAGAAAUGAAAAAACGUUCGAUUGAACGUGAGAAACAACGUUUAGAAACUAUACGUGAUAAUGAACGACAAACGAUAAGUCAAAAAGCAUUUAAACAAUUAUUACAACAAAAAACACGAAAUACAUCAGCAUUAACUCAUGAAUUUUUAUCUUCGCCACAAUCUAAUAAUACUAAUAAUAAUAAUCAAAUUCGUAAAUCUCAAACAACAUCUGAAUUUCGUUCUCAAACAAAUACACCUCCAUUACAACAACCGGUUAUACUUGAGUCUAAAAAAGAAGAAACUUCCAUUAUUGAUUUAUCUAAACCAAUGACACGUGAUGAUUUUUUAAAUACACUUGAAAUACUCAAGCAAAAAUAUCUUGAAACUACUCCACCUACUACUACUACUACUGCUGAAGAUACUCGAAAUGACGAAGGACAUCGUAUCGAACAACUUAAUUCAAAUAUCGGAGAAUUACAACAGGUAUUAAGUAGUUUAUCAGUAAAACAAGAAGAAAUACAUAAUCAAGUAGUAAAUUCAAGUGGUGGUGGUAAUGUAUCACGAAAUCCAACAUUUACAACAAAAUCAUUAACAUUUCCACGACGAUUAUCAUCUGUAAUAAGUCAUGAAGAACAAGAAGAAACUCAAAAUAUUGAUAAAUCAAAUAAAACAAAUGGUCUAGUACUUGAUAUUGUUGAAGAUCCAUCGGCAUCGACAGCUGUUGAAAUGGAACGUAAACGUGAAUUAGUUUUACAGAAACAACUACAACGUCAAGAAGCAUUUGAACGACGACGACAAAUGAGAGAAGAAGAAAAUUUAAGACGUGAUGAUGAAAAACGAAGAAAAGAUUAUGAAGAAUCAGCGAAAAAAAUUGAACGUGAACAACGACGAGAUGAAAUUUAUAAACAAUAUUUAAUGAAAAAAGAUGGACAAUCACCUAAUAGUAAUGAUCAUACGAAUGGUGAACAUCCAAUCAUUAAAAUGAGACCUAAAAGUUCAACAAUACAAAGACCUCCUGUUGAACGACGACAAACCGGUCCAGUAGUAAUUUCAACGUUUGGUACACCAGUAGAAAAUCCAUCUGCCAGAGAUAUGUUUAAUAAUUCCGAUCUAAAUGAAACAAUUUCGACACCAUUAUCAUUCAUUCAAAUACCUGAUUUACGUUCUAAUAAAUCUCUUACACAGCGAGUUAAAGUCGAUUCACGUACAUUACCACGUUCAUCAGCACGUUCAACAACUGAACCUCCAUUACCUCUCAUUCCAGUAAGUGAACCACGUUAUCCAUUAGCUAAACCACUAUCAGGUAAAAGUAAUAAACAAACAAUAAUCAAUUCAUUAACACAAGCCAUACUCGCUGGUCGUGUUAAUGAUCAAGUACGCGAACAAGUAAAAGAGGAAAUAGAGCGUAAUGCAGACAAGGUUAAACAUUUUGUUAUCUUAUUUCGUGAUUCACGUUUACAAUUUCGCGGCGUUUAUACAUAUACUCCAACUCCAACAUCAGACGCUCCAACACGUAUUGAACGUUUAUAUGGUCAAGGUCCACGUGAAAUAACUGAAACUAUGGUUGAAAAUUUUUAUAAAUAUAAUAAUGGUUCGAAAAAAUUUUCUCCAGUACCAAUUAAAUCAUUCAGUGUUCAAUGUGACGCUAUAACUAUAUUAAAUCAAUACUGGAAUUCACAAUCGACAACUUUAAAACGAGCAUCAACAGCGACAACAACAAUUUCUUCACCUCCGUCUAAUUAA